GACAUUUACUAAAUUCAGUGUGACACUAUAUUAUUGACCGGAUUUUACAAAUAUUUAAAAUACAAUAGAAUCUUUUUCAUUUAUUUAUAUUUGUGGCAGCUAAGCAUAAUGGGGUUCAACGAUAUGCUAAAUUAUAUUGUUUACGAUAAUCCAAUUUCUAAAACUACGAUGUCAUUUUUGUCGGGUAAAAAUUUUUCAACUGCUUCCACUCCCCCUUCAGUUACCAUUAUCACAGAGAAGACUCCUUUAUGGAAGUUGGCUGCAGAACAUGGUCCUUUUAUCAAAAUCGCUGGAGUUAUGGGGGCCUCUGCUGUAGCAUUAAAUGCUUAUGGAGCCCAUAGGGCAUAUACUAAAGAUCAGGCUGAUGAACUAAAAAAAAUUUUUGAGACUGCAAACAAAAUUCAUUUUAUCCACAGUGUAGCCAUUUUGGGAGUUCCCAUGUGCAGAUAUCCAAUGGUGGUUGGAGGAUUGAUAGUAACAGGCACAACAUUAUUCUCAGGAACAUUGUAUUAUCAUGCCUUUACUGGAGAUAAAAAACUAUCAGGUCUUGCACCAAUUGGAGGAACUUUGUUAAUAUUAGGAUGGCUAUCUAUGGUUGUUUAAGUAUAAUUUUUUAGUAAGUUGUAUUAAUGUGUUAUAAUUGUUUUAGGUUAUAUGGAUGACAUGCAUCCUGUGAUGUGUACAAAACUAUUUAAUUCAAUUUUAGUUGUAAUUAUUUUCCAUCAGUGAAAUCGAAUAAAGUUGUAAGUCCAAUAUU